UGAUAAUGUUGCUAUUAUCUAUUCAGCAAUAUGGAAGAAUGGUCCAUCAUAUUAUAGGACAAAGUCAUGGAUAAGGAAUUCUUAUAAAAAAGUUGUAUUAAAAUGUUUAACAUUAGAUAUCAAUGAAUUUUUUAUUGAGGUUAACAAUUAUAUUGAUAUAUGUGGAAUAUCUCAAGACCCAAAUACAAAUGAUUAUAUUUUAGUUUUUCAAAAUGAUCAGUAUUGUAAUAGAUGUUGCAAGCCGUAUAGUAAUUUAAAAAAUAAAUGUUGUAAAUCAUGCCAAAUAAAUUACAUACAAAAUAACUUGACAAAUUGGAGUGGAAAUCAAAAAAUUGAUGAUUUUAUUCAAGAAAUGCAUUUGAAAAUUGAUAGUUAUGGUAAUAUAAUAUUUGAAUGGAUACCAUACAAUCAGUUUGAAUGUAUUGAAGUAGUGGGUAGAGGUGGUUUUGCUACAGUAUGUUCGGCAAUAUGGAAGGAUGGUCCAUUAAAAUGUAAUUAUGGUAAAAAGAUAUGCAAAAGGGAUAAUUAUAAAGAAAUUGCAUUAAAAUGUAUAGAUAACUCUCAUAAUAUUACUGAUGAAUUUUUAAAUGAGAUUAAAGCAUAUUCAAUUAUGAGGGUUGAAUCUAAUAAUGUUCUUAAAGUAUAUGGAAUAUCUCAAGAUCCCAAUACAAAAAAUCAUAUUAUAGUUCUUCAAUAUGCAAAAUGUGGAAACUUUAAUAAUUGGAUGCACUAUUUCUAUAAAAAUUCUAAUUGUUGGGUUAAAUAUUAUUUAUUAAAAUAUACCAUUGAAGGUCUUAAAGAAAUUCAUGAGAAGCAGAUGAUUCAUCGUGAUUUUCAUAUAGGAAAUAUAUUAAUUAACAAUAGUAGUUCUGUAGAUAAUAUUCCUAUAGACAUAUGUAUUUCAGAUAUGGGAUUUUGUGGAGAAGUUAGUAAUAAAGAUGAAAAAAAAAUUUAUGGAGUUAUACCUUAUGUAGCUCCUGAAGUAUUAAGAGGCAAGCCUUAUACUCAAGCAGCAGAUAUAUAUAGUUUUAGUAUGGUUAUGUAUUUUAUAAUAACUGGAAGACAACCUUUUGAAGAUUGCGCACAUGAUGAAAAAUUAGUAUUACAAAUAUGUAGUGGAAUUAGACCUGAAAUACCUGAAAUACCUGAAUUGAAAUCAAAUCGGUAUAUUGAUCUAAUGAAAAAGUGUUGGGAUUCAAAUCCAGAUAAUAGACCAAAUGCUGAAUUAAUUAGCAAAAUGUUAACUAGUAUUAAGUUAGAUGAGAUUUUGAAAGCAGAAAAAUAUCUCUUUAAAGAUUAUAAAGAAAACAAUCAAUUAACUACUACCCAUCCACAAGCUGUUUAUACAUCUCGGUUACUUAAUCCGUAUACAGAAAGUCUUGCAAUUGAUUUUACAGAGUAAGUUAUAUUCACUUAAAUCUUUUUAUUUUCAACUUCUAUUAAUAAGAAACAUUAAAAUUAAUUUUAAAAUAUCAAUAGAUUGG